AUGUUGGCCGACUACUUUGUCGACCGGCCAGUGUUUAAAGAUCUGGAGUUCCGAACAUGUUACAGGAUGAGUCUCAAUCUCUUCAAGCGUAUAUCUGCUGACCUUUGCCAGUAUGAUCGUUACUUUGUUCAAAGGUCAGAUGCUACCGGCAAAGUCGGACUGCUUCCGGAGCAGAAGAUGACAGCUGCCUUGCAAAUGCUUGCGUACGGUGCAGGGGCAGAUCAAUGUACUGAGUAUUGUCGGAUGACGAAAUCCACCUCCGUCGCAGCCCUUCAGCACUUUACACGAGGAAUUGUUGAUCUUUACUCAACAAAAUACCUCUGCGCUCCUACUGCAGCCGACCUCAGACGACUUCUUACCAAAGCUGAGAGGAGAGGUUUUCCAUAA